AUGGCUCACGUGCAGGUUGAUCGCAGCCCAAGGCUUCCGAACAUUCAGCCUUUUUAUCAGCCUGCUCUUCGAGGCCUUUGUCAGGAUCCCAGUGGACAGGAGGCGGUGGAGACCUUAAAAGCCUGUUUUGGAACUAAAAGUCCAAGUACUAUUUUGAAGCGAGCCUCAACUCUUCGCAAGUUCCUGACCUGGCAUUUCAAUGAAUUUGAGAGCAGGGAUGUCCAUGUCCAUCCAUUACCAUUGGUUGAGUCUGAUGUUUGGCAGUUCUUCAGAUUCCUUCGAGUGGAGCGGGAGGCAAAGCAGAGAGGUUUCACGACAGCUGCAUCUUUUCUGGAAACUGUCAGGUUUUGCAAGUUCACCAUAGGCCUUCAUGGAUGCGACGAGGUAUUGCAUUCUGGUCGUCUCCUUGGUUUUGCAGCCAUUGAGAAGAGGGAGAAGGGACCGACAGUUCAGGCUCCUAUUUUAGAGAUGUGCCAUUUGAUGCGACUGCAUGAGAUUUUGUCACUGGGGACUAACCCCAUUGAUCGUUUGGGUGCUGGUACUAUGUUGCUCUGCGUGUAUGGUCGGGCAAGGUGGUCCGAUCUUCGCUUUGUUCACCAUGUUGAAGUUGAAGGUAAAAGGAAUGGAGCAUUGGUGCUUUACACACGUGAACACAAGACAUCGGCGGUUGGCUUGAGGCGUGAGCAGUACCUUCCAUUAGUUGUUCCUUGGGAGGGCGUCGUGAGCGAAGAUUGGAUCUCUACCCUUCUGCAGGUGUAUUCUUUGGUUGGAUUGAAUAUUCAACAAGUGCCUUUAGGACCUUUUCUUCCCGCUCCAAAAGCAGGUGGUGGCUUUUGUGCUCGGCCUUUGAGACCCAGGAGGCUGCAAAAUGGCUUAGAUUGCUAUUGGCCGUGA